ACCAAUGGCUUUGAUAGUCGGCCUUUUAUCCUCAACUGGAUCAACUCCCUCAAGGUUCUGGAUGGCUACCUCAUCAGAGACAAAGAAAGGUUGAAGGCUGAAUGGAUUUAUUGCCAGGGCAAAGGUCGUCACUUCAAACCAGGACAGCAUGUGGAGGUCGUGGAGUACCUGGCCAGCGUUUGUCCACUCACCAACUCUGCUGAGCUGGAAUCCCAAGAGGAUGCCAAGUUAAGUAAAGUACUGUCCAAACAAAAACUACAUCAACAGGAGCUCACCAAAUCUCAGCAGGCUAUUUACUCGCAGGAUCUGUCCUACUCGUCUACACAGAGUACACUUAAUGACCUCUCAGGGCACCGGACUUACAGACACACUCACACAGCCAGAUACAAGUGUAGUAUACAACAAACCAGUACGGGCGUCCUCGGAUGUCAGCCAUAACUCGUACAACAGACAACCAGUUAGGGCCUGGACUACAGCCGGAGGAUACAAUGAUGUUAGUAGGGACAGUCAUAUAGCUACGCAAUGCAGUGACCUCAACAUUCAGGAGGUCACCUCUGACGAUGAUACCAGAAGUCAGACAAGUUUGCUGGAAUCAGAAUCAAUUUAUCUGCCUAUUUCCCAGGCAAGUACUCCAAGCAAUCGUCCAAUGACAGCGCCUGUUAUAUCCGGCCAUUCACCGGCCACCAACUAUCUAGCCCACAGAGACAACCGACCAGCCACGAUGAUGGAAUCUCGGUACGAAGCAUACAAUAACCGACCAAUCAAACCUAUGAAUACCGAGGUGCUUAAAGGACUCCUCAAACCUAAAUUUGAUUAUUCACCACCACAGCAGUCAGGAAAUGAACCAGCCAUCGGAGCUAAAAAGAAAACUCCGCCGACUGCUCAGGCCCAUGACUACGAUACAAGUCAAGAAGUCUCCCAGAUAGAACAGAUUCUAAACCCGCCAAAAGAUGAUGUUCCUACCGAAAAUAUAAGUCAAAUCAAGGAAGUCGCUGAGAAAAAAUCACGAAAGGGAUCUGGAUCAUCCAUAAAGACAGGUGCUACACAGAAAAACACGAAACUUAAUACCUCACAAAAAACGACAGAAAACGUUGGGACUAAAAGUAAUAUUCCUGUUUCAAAGGGAGGUAAUGUGAUACGAACACACUCGGACUACCUCCCAGGCAAAUAUGCUGCCACAGUGAGGAAGGUUAGUGGAGAAAACCUUGCUGACAAACGGACAAAGGCACAUUUACCGUAUAAAUCACAUGUGCCGGAUAAAAGUGAUAGUAUACGUGAUGUAAAGACAAGUGUGAAAGAUUCGGGUGUGUACUCUCGUCCAGUAAGUGAUGCUGUGCUGGCAGAUUACAGCCCAGAAGAUCACAAAGCUGCAAUAAUGAUUCAGUCAGUAUGGAGAGGCUACCGUGCACGGUGCAAGGACUCGGAAGUGGUGUCCAUUCGGAAGGAAAUUCGAGCUCGCAGAGCCGAGGAUCACAUCAUCUUGCUACGCUCAGAACUUGACAGGCAAAAGAAGUUAUAUGAUGAGGAGAAGCACCUAAGAUCUCUACAAAUGGAGGCCAUCAGAUUUCUGUGGAAGGAGGUCCAGUCACUGCAACAUUGGAAGACUGAAGUUCUGACAUCACAGUCGUUCAAGGGCACGCUUGACUCGACACGAGGGACGGAGGACAGCUCAUAUAACUACAGCCAGGAGAUCCAGAACACCCUCCAGAGAAUGGACUCCCUAAACUCUGGUCACGGCAAUGUGCCCGAAGUGGACCCAGAGAAACACCGACAGCUAGAAAAGACUUGUGCUGACCUCCAGGACCAGGUAUCACAGCUCCAGACGGCCCUACAGUCUGUGUCCAGUGUUGUGUUCCAGAGUGGUUUGUUUUCUGGAGGCAAUGAUACUACAGAAGAGAACAUGUCACUGUUGGUGACGGGUUUCGAGGAUGACGACAUCUCCAGCUGUGAUGACGAGUCUAGUAUAGGGGGCCCAAGAUGGGGUUCCAUACCAAACUCUCUCUCCCCAUACCCAUCAGAGGAAGAGGAGGCAUAUUUCUCCUCUGUCCCCCAGCCAGGCUUUCCAACCCCUCCCCGCAACCUGCGACUGGAACACAAGGGAGAAACCUCUAUCGUCAUUUCAUGGCAGCCCUCUAAAAUUCUGGACGCAUUCAACAGGGAGGUUAACCAGCCAUUACUGGGGUACCGAGUGUAUGUAGACGAGAAGCCGACCUCCAUGCUCACUAACAAUCUCCUUCGAGCCCUCAUACAUGGACUGAAUACACAGCUGACGUACAAGAUCUAUUUGAAAGCAGUGUCUCCACUAGGGGAAUCGAAAACAUCUAAUAUUAUAAUGGCGGGAGUUUCACAAGGGAGCAGUUUACGUAAACAGUCAUUAAGUAGUGACAGUGAUGAGAGUGAUGAAAAAGAUUCAACAGAAAGUUCCGACGUCGCACGUAAUCAUAUCAUUCAGCGUCGACAGCGGCGGAUAAAGUCUCCUCGACAGGACAAGCGCCAAGCGCAUGCUCGUGGAAAAGAGUCUAGUGCUAGUGAUCAGGAAAAUGCAAAGGAGCGUGAACGACCUAAUUCACGAUCAGAACGACCUGGAAGUUCAAGGUCAAAUAAUAACAGUGAUGGAAUUUUUGUACAACCAAAAUUACAUACACAUCGACGCAAUCGUAGUCGAGAUUCACCUAAUGAUGGAUUAACUAUUGGAGUUCAACAAAUUCAAGAAUCGCCACAUCCUAUCCCAAAAGAAUCACAUCAAUCACCGCCUGCAGGCAGUCGGUUCAAGGAAACUCCACUCAGUGCAUCAAAAAUGUCAGAAACAUUUACUAUUGAGAGUCAGAAUUCUCUGUUGUCUGCCAUCGCAGCCACAAAAGCUGCCAUGCAGGGUACUGAUGGUGUGAAGGAACAAUUCGUGAAAACUCACCGUCGGACACGAAGUAAGGAGAAAGUGACAGAAAUGCCUUCCACAGAAGUUAGCCUUGUGGAAAGUCCCGGAUCUUUACCUAGUGCUCCGAACAUCAGUGUUAAUUCAUCUCCAGAGACAAAAAUUCUGAAUGUGCCAACGCAAGAUGCUGGUGCAAUUCCAAAUGAAUCUACACAAAAGGGUCAUAGACGGACACGCAGUAAGGACCUGCAGAAUCCAGUGUAUGAGUGGAGGAAAGACAUUGAUAGCACCACCAAUGUGAAGGAUGUGAAAAAGGCAUGGACAAAAGAGUCGGGUGGUGAGGCUCAUGGUAUACCUGUUAUAGACGCCAGUAAGAGACAUGGCAGUCGUCCAAGUAGUCCUGCACCAUCUGAUGUCUCAGAAACUAAAGUAGACAGAAAAAAGAGUGUCGCAGACUUAAUUGAACAGCGAUUGUCUAACAAACCAGUUUCACCGUUGGAAGGUGGCGACACCACAAAUAAAGCGGCACUUCCUCCACGCGUGCGGAGGAUUGCAAGUAAUGAGGAUGUGUCUGAGGGAGGUAGACGAACACCAUCAAAAACGGCCUCCCCGACAUAUGUUGACCGAAGGAGGUCACCUUCCAACGGCUCAGAGAGUGAUGUUGGUGAGUCAUCUGCUGCAAGGCAUUUAGAUAUGGAUGGGGGUAAUCGGACAAAUAAUACUGGGAUUGUGUCAAAACUCUUACAAAAGUUACAGAACAUGUCUAAAGAGGGAGGUAUGCGCGAACGAGGAACAAAAAUAAAACUUAAGUCGACAAGUGAAAUGCCCUGUGGUGUUGAGGAUGGUGUUGUUCACAGGAGACAGCGGCAGCAUAGUGGCAGUGAAAGUGAACCAGUGGCUUCCUACAUGCCGGUCACAGAGAAACCUGCACCACAUCACCAUAGUGAUAACUCGUCGGGGAACCAAUCAGAUGAUCCGCAGUGUCCACGCCGUCAACACAAGACACAUAGAAGAACGAAUUCUGACCACAAGGUCAAGCACACGUCCCCAACACCCAGUAAGAAGGCGAGUUCCCAGUCCGGAGUAAAGAGAACAGCAUCCUUUAGUGGGGUCCAUCCCUCUAAACAGGUGGAUCCACGUCGGAGCGGCUCCGAGGAGAACCUGGCAGAGAAAGCGGCCAUGUCAAACUCUGCUGGUGCUGUCAUGAUGGAGUCGAUGACAAGCCGACAGGAACAGUCUCGGUCUGGGAGUCCGAAGGUCCAUCAUAUCCCCAUAUUAUCCGUCCACAAACUACACAAACAAACCAAACCGUCCUGAAAGUACCAACAUCCUCAUCACAAAUCGCUAUUUUGGAAGACCAGCAUCUUCAAUAUAAAGCCAGUGCAUCAUAACUUUGUUCAUGGAUUAUUGUGAUCAUCUAAUAUGGGUUAUGUUAACCCUAUAAGUUUAAAGAUUUCAACAGUGCACAAAACUUACAACAUUAAAUGUUUGGGUUAGACAUCCAGUCCAUUUUUCGUGGGGUGUCUCCGCAGCUUCACGUCAACCUUUGUUUGGGAUGUUCAGGGACAUCGUCUUGUAACUGUAUUAAAUUGAGACAGAAUCCACAUAUUUUAAACAAGAUAUCACUGCCUUUGUUUAUCUACGGGACUCCAGCCAGAGUUCAAGGACUCCUACUCCAUAUAUGUAUUGUUCAAUUUCAUAUUUUUGUUAAAAAUCCAUUUGUAUGGGAAGUAAAGAACAACUGUAAUUGAAUCAAAUGUCAAGUUUUCAUCUGUACAAGUAUAAAACCUACAAUUCAGGAGUGAUUCAUACCCAAAAAUAUCUGGAAAGUUUUAAAAUAAAGUUAAGUUAAUUUUUUUUUACUAUUCAAUCAGUAAUGUUGAACAUAUUAUUGAAUAUUCCGUGUUUAUGAAGCAUAAUGUUUGUUUUUCAGUAUGCUUAUCUGAGAUACUUCUGUUAAAGUUUUGUAUUUUUAAUGUUUUAUUUUGGUGCUUACUGCCAAUAAAAUGUGUGAUAUAAUAUUUGGGGGAAUAGACUUUUCCCCCUAAAACAUCUAGGGUUAUCUCCCUUGCAGAAAGGGUUGUCUCCCUAUAACCGUGUGAUAUAUUAGUUGUGAUAACUGUUCAACUGCUCACAGUGUAUGGAUAAUAAUAGUAAGGAGUUGUUUUAUUGUUGUCAUAAAACUACUGGCAAUGUCAAAAUAAACUCUACGCAAAAGCUAACUAUAGAAAUUGUAAGAACAGCUAAUAAAUAUAAUAGCUUGUUGAUUAUUAUCAUUGCGUGUUGUCAAGGUAACCACCGUGCCAUACGAUCUGUUUUUGUCCUGUAAUCCUACCUGUUAGUGCUGCAAUAUCCUGUAUAAAUUUCAGUUUGCAAUCAGUAUUUUUUUAAAGUGAUGCUUUCUUGAAUCUUAAAAUACACAUGACUAACAGAUCCUGGUCUCAAGACACAAGAAUUUAAGGCCCAACAGAAAUGUUAGGCAAAUUAUUUCAUUAUUGGAUCUCAGAGUUAAGGUACGUACUGUACUCAACAUAUGGCCACCGUUUCGUAUUAUUGGUUGUUUUCACAUUUUGUUAUCAAUGAGAAUUUUAAAAGUUUGUUCUUUAGUUCAAAUAUUCAUACAUUCCAUGAACGAACAGUCAUUAAACCAGUAAUUACAAAAGUCGUUUAAAACUUGAUAUGGACUUUGUUAAUGGUUUUAUCAGUUUUCCCAAAAAUUAUCGUUUUAAUCUGUGAAUUGUUUUAAAUGCAUACAUCCUUGUUUUACAUGUAUAUGCAUUUUUUUGUUUUGGUCUAAUAGAGACAAGUGUAAUGUGAUAUUUUGUUAUCACACUAAGCAGCUAACACAAACAAACUCCAUGUAUAAAUUGAACAGGUGGAUAUUUGUUUAAAGUGUAUAUUUCUGGGAACCAGUAGAUAUUUGAUCUAAUGGCAUGAAAAGGGUGACAGAACCUGUAUCAUACACAUGCUGAGCACAACCAACAAGUCCUUUUCAUACAGAUAUCAUGUGUAUUUGUCAAAAAAAUGUUCAUAUCUUUUUCCAUUAUUUGAUUGAAGUGUAUGAAGAUUUCUUCUGUGGAUCAGUAAUGACUGAAAUUUAUUUAGUACAGAUGAACUUAAAACAAAUUAUAGAUCCUAUAGAAAUGGAAGGUAGGUUGUGUGACUGUAAAGUCAAACAUCAGAAAAUAUCUGUUCAGUCGUACCCCUAUUAAAUCUUCAUAAAGUCCUCGUCUGUUCAGUCGUAUCCCUAUUAAAUCUUUAUAUAGUCCUCAUCUGUUCAGUCGUACCCCUAUUAAAUCUUCAUAAGGUCCAUGUCUGUUCAGUCGUACUCCUAUUAAAUCUUUAUAAGGUCCUCAUCUGUUCAGUCGUACCCCUAUUAAAUCUUCAUAAAGUCCUCAUCUGUUCAGUCGUACCCCUAUUAAAUCUUCAUAAAGUCCUCGUCUGUUCAGUCGUAUCCCUAUAAAAUCUUUAUAUAGUCCUCAUCUGCUAAGUCGUACCCCUAUUAAAUCUUUAUAAGGUCCUCAUCUCUUCAGUCGUACCCCUAUUAAAUCUUUAUAAGGUUCUCGUCUGUUCAGUCGUACCCCCAUUAAAUCUUUAUAAGGUCCACGUCUGUUCAGUUGUACCCCUAUUAAAUCUUCAUAAAGUCCUCGUCUGUUCAGUUGUACCCCUAAUAAAUCUUUAUAAAGUCCUCAUCUGUUCAGUCGUACCCCUAUUAAAUCUUUAUAAAGUCCUCAUCUGUUCAGUCGUACCCCUAUUAAAUCUUCAUAAAGUCCUCAUCUGUUCAGUCGUACCCCUAAUAAAUCUUUAUAAGGUUCUCGUCUGGUCAGUUGUACCCCUAUUAAAUCUUCAUAAAGUCCUCAUCUGUUCAGUCGUACCUCUUUUAAAUCUUUAUAAGGUCCUCGUCUGUUCAGUCGUAUCCCUAUUAAAUCUUCAUAAAGUCCUCAUCUGUUCAGUCGUACCCCUUUUAAAUCUUUAUAAGGUCCUCGUCUGUUCAGUCGUAUCCCUAUUAAAUCUUUAUAUAGUCCUCAUCUGUUCAGUCGUACCCCUAUUAAAUCUUCAUAAGGUCCUCGUCUGUUCAGUCGUAUCCCUAUUAAAUCUUUAUAUAGUCCUCAUCUGUUCAGUCGUACCCCUAUUAAAUCUUCAUAAGGUCCUCGUCUGUUCAGUCGUACCCCUAUUAAAUCUUUAUAAGGUCCUCGUCUGUUCAGUUGUACCCCUAUUAAAUCUUCAUAAAGUCCUCAUCUGUUCAGUCGUACCCCUAUUAAAUCUUCAUAAAGUCCUCAUCUGUUCAGUCGUACCCCUAUUAAAUCCUUGUGUCAGUUUUGCUUGGGACUUAAUCUCUGUAUUAAUAUUUUAGGUAUUGUCUGUAUAUGUACCUGGUACAUUAUCAGUGUUGUUAUGACGACGGCAUUUAAUACUGAAACUGCAUUUGUAAUAGCUGUGACAACUAGUUGCAUCAUGUGUAUGUAUAGUGGAUCACGUAAAAAUGAUCCUAUAAUUUGUGAUACUUUGUUGAUUGCCCUUGAAUAAGUUAGUUCUGCUUAGUAUAAAAAGUGAUUAACACCAAAGUGCACCUGUUAAAACCAGCAGUUACAUUGUGUAUUAUUAGUGCUAGUACUGAUCAUUCUCUAUAGCUAUCAUUGGCAGAUCACCUACUUGUUACUGGGAUAGGUAAAGGGGGAAAUAAUAUUCCAGACAAGUUUCUAUACAAGGUCAGGGAUAAGUUUAGGAGGAGGAAAUAUUCAGACAAGUUUCUAUACAAGGUCAGGGAUAAGUUUAGGAGGAGGAAAUAUUCAGACAAGUUUCUAUACAAGGUCAGGGAUAAGUUUAGGAGGAGGGAAUAUUCAGACAAGUUUCUAUACAAGGUCAGGGAUAAGUUUAGGAGGAGGAAAUAUUCAGACAAGUUUCUAUACAAGGUCAGGGAUAAGUUUAGGAGGAGGAAAUAUUCAGACAAGUUUCUAUACAAGGUCAGGGAUAAGUUUAGGAGGAGGAAAUAUUCAGACAAGUUUCUAUACAAGGUCAGGGAUAAGUUUAGGAGGAGGAAAUAUUCAGACAAGUUUCUAUACAAGGUCAGGGAUAAGUUUAGGAGGAGGAAAUAUUCAGACAAGUUUCUAUACAAGGUCAGGGAUAAGUUUAGGAGGAGGAAAUAUUCAGACAAGUUUCUAUACAAGGUCAGGGAUAAGUUUAGGAGGAGGAAAUAUUCAGACAAGUUUCUAUACAAGGUCAGGGAUAAGUUUAGGAGGAGGGAAUAUUCAGACAAGUUUCUAUACAAGGUCAGGGAUAAGUUUAGGAGGAGGAAAUAUUCAGACAAGUUUCUAUACAAGGUCAGGGAUAAGUUUAGGAGGAGGAAAUAUUCAGACAAGUUUCUAUACAAGGUCAGGGAUAAGUUUAGGAGGAGGGAAUAUUCAGGACAAGUUUCUAUACAAGGUCAGGGAUAAGUUUAGGAGGAGGAAAUAUUCAGACAAGUUUCUAUACAAGGUCAGGGAUAAGUUUAGGAGGAGGGAAUAUUCAGACAAGUUUCUAUACAAGGUCGGGGAUAAGUUUAGGAGGAGGGAAUAUUCAGGACAAGUUUCUAUACAAGGUCAGGGAUAAGUUUAGGAGGAGGGAAUAUUCAGGACAAGUUUCUAUACAAGGUCAGGGAUAAGUUUAGGAGGAGGGAAUAUUCAGGACAAGUUUCUAUACAAGGUCAGGGAUAAGUUUAGGAGGACGGAAUAUUCAGACAAGUUUCUAUACAAGGUCAGGGAUAAGUUUAGGAAGAGGAAAUAUUCAGACAAGUUUCUAUACAAGGUCAGGGAUAAGUUUAGGAGGAGGAAAUAUUCAGACAAGUUUCUAUACAAGGUCAGAGAUAAGUUUAGGAGGAGGGAAUAUUCAGACAAGUUUCUAUACAAGGUCAGGGAUAAGUUUAGGAGGAGGGAAGAUUCAGACAAGUUUCUAUACAAGGUCGGGGAUAAGUUUAGGAGGAGGAAAUAUUCAGGACAAGUUUCUAUACAAGGUCAGGGAUAAGUUUAGGAGGACGGAAUAUUCAGACAAGUUUCUAUACAAGGUCAGAGAUAAGUUUAGGAGGACGGAAUAUUCAGGACAAGUUUCUAUACAAGGUCAGGGAUAAGUUUAGGAGGAGGGAAUAUUCAGGACAAGUUUCUAUACAAGGUCAGGGAUAAGUUUAGGAGGACGGAAUAUUCAGACAAGUUUCUAUACAAGGUCAGGGAUAAGUUUAGGAAGAGGGAAUAUUCAGACAAGUUUCUAUACAAGGUCAGGGAUAAGUUGAGGAGGGGGGAAUAUUCAGACAAGUUUCUAUACAAGGUCAGGGAUAAGUUGAGGAGGGGGGAAUAUUCAGACAAGUUUCUAUACAAGGUCAGGGAUAAGUUUAGGAGGAGGGAAGAUUCAGACAAGUUUCUAUACAAGGUCAGGGAUAAGUUUAGGAAGAGGGAAUAUUCAGACAAGUUUCUAUACAAGGUCAGGGAUAAGUUGAGGAGGGGGGAAUAUUCAGACAAGUUUCUAUACAAGGUCAGGGAUAAGUUUAGGAAGAGGGAAUAUUCAGACAAGUUUCUAUACAAGGUCAGGGAUAAGUUGAGGAGGGGGGAAUAUUCAGACAAGUUUCUAUACAAGGUCAGGGAUAAGUUUAGGAGGAGGGAAUAUUCAGACAAGUUUCUAUACAAGGUCAGGGAUAAGUUGAGGAGGGAGGAAUAUUCAGACAAGUUUCUAUACAAGGUCAGGGAUAAGUUUAGGAAGAGGGAAUAUUCAGACAAGUUUCUAUACAAGGUCAGGGAUAAGUUUAGGAAGAGGGAAUAUUCAGACAAGUUUCUAUACAAGGUCAGGGAUAAGUUGAGGAGGGGGGAAUAUUCAGACAAGUUUCUAUACAAGGUCAGGGAUAAGUUUAGGAGGAGGGAAGAUUCAGACAAGUUUCUAUACAAGGUCAGGGAUAAGUUUAGGAAAAGGGAAUAUUCAGGACAAGUUUCUAUACAAGGUAAGGGAUAAGUUAAGUUUAGGAGGCGAGGGAAUAUUCAGAAAAGUUUCAUACAAUGUCAGGGAUCAGUGAGGGGUAUCAAAUAUUCCGGACAAGUUUCUAUACAAAAUUCAGAUUAGUGUGGUAUGUGGAUUUAAUUGCCAAUACCCCUACAGUAUCAAGGUUUUACUAGCUAUUCAAUAUCAGAACUGUUAUGAGAAUGAGAUUAUAAAAUUGUUAGUGUUUGGUGAUAAUGAUAUACAUGUCAAUGUUCCUGUAUUCCUUACUAUCUGCGUAGUGUUUUAUAUACCAUUAUACAGCAACUAUAGAAAAAACCUGCCAUUUUAAAAACAUAAGGCUAUGUAUAUUAAGAUGGCUUAUGUAUAAACCUCGACUGGAUGAAAAGUUGUGUUGUGAUCGAUGACAUUGUGUUAACUACACAACUGCUAAAGAAGUCCUUAUGGAGGAAUGUUGUUGACAGAAUAUGCUUAUCUAAUACAAUUUAUAACAAAUGAU